GGAGAUACAGUCAUUCUUAAGGUCUCGUUGAAUGGAUGAGUUAAAGGAAACUAUCGUACUCUAAUACAAUUCUGUUUUUGCAGUUGUACACAGUAACUACUCUUUUCUGUCACAUCUUGUGUUGAAGAUGAUACAUGUGUGGAUAACCUAGGAGAAAAAACCGAGUGGGAGCGUGGGUAAUUUUGUUUUAUUGAUGAAAUCCUGUCGCGUUAAUGUAGACUUAGGCCACAUCUGUCACAUAACACUGUGAUUGUUUGCGCUUCGAUACGAGUAUCUACAACUGCAGGGAGCGUUUUGUUGAUGGUAAAACCAGUGAUCAGCAGGGAUUGCUUACAUAACGUGUGACAAAGGUGUACAACAUCGGUGUGGGUAUUGAAGAAUAUCGCUGGCAUUUUACUGACAAUACUAGAAUGGAGAUAUAACCCUGACUGGAUGGCGCCUCAUCAGGUCUACAACAUAUAGGAUAGUUCCAAGUGCGAUGAACAGAGAGGAAGAAAGAUGUAGGGAGGAAGACAUAGCAAUGAGGAUAAGCACAUCAUGGGCAGACUCUAUCACAGGGUAUACCUGGUCCUAGUGUUUGUCUUGUUAACUCGUACAGAUGCAGCAGAAGGACAGACCACCUGUCAAUCAAACAGUUGUAUUAAUGGAGGCACAUGUGUGAUUGACAAUACUGCCGUUAAGUGUGUGUGUCCACCCAACUACUCUGGAGACAACUGUGAAACAGUUAUCCCCUGUCCUGUCUGUCAGAACGGCGGGGUAUGUAACGGGGCUGUGUGCCGCUGCCCCUCAACCUUCUCUGGUUUGACGUGUCAGGAGGAUAUCAAUGAGUGUACCCAGACUACCCCACCGUGUGAGCCGUAUGGGAAGUGCCAGAACACCUAUGGAGCCUACACUUGUACCUGCCUCACAGGUGCAACAGGUGCUGAGUGUGACACACUUCUUGACCCCUGCCUAAGUAGUCCGUGCCUGUUUGGUGGUACCUGCCACGAAGGUGUGGAGGGGUUCACCUGUACUUGUGUGGAUGGUUUCAUCGGGGACAGGUGUGAGGCUGUGGUCAGGAGCUGCAGUAGGAACCCAUGUGGACAGAAUGCUCUGUGUGUGGACAACCCCACGGGUGGCUACACCUGUUACUGUAAACCUGGUUACCAUGGUGAGCAGUGUGAAUCAGAUAUAGACGAAUGUGCUUCCUCACCUUGUCGUAAUGGAGGGACUUGUAACAACGAAAUUGAUGCCUUCAACUGCACAUGUGUACCAGGUUACACUGGUCCCCACUGUGAGAUUGACAUCAACGAGUGCGAGAGCAACCCUUGCUUGAACGGAGCGACCUGCUCCGAUGUGACGAUCAACACAUACCAGUGUCUCUGUACCUCAGGGUACACCGGCGCCGCCUGUGAGACAGAUAUUGAUGACUGCAGUCCUGGACUCUGUCGGGACUUCCAAGUUUGUGUGGAUGAUGUGGACAGAUACAGGUGUGAGUGUCCAGUGGGAAUGACAGGAAGUCAGUGUGAGACACACAUAGAUGAUUGCCAUAGCAACCCUUGUCAGAACGGAGGAACUUGUGUGGACGAAGGUGAUCGGUUUGUGUGUCUGUGUUUGGAUGCCUACGCAGGCCUACUGUGUGAGAUACGUACAGACUACUGCGACCCCUCACCUUGCCUUCAUGGUGCCACCUGUGUAGGGGACCUCACCACGUCCCCUUUUUACACCUGUCAGUGCCCACCUGGUUUCCUUGGUGACACGUGUGAGGGCGAUGUGUACGAGUGUGGAUCAGAUCCGUGUCAGAACGGAGGUACAUGUGUAGAGUUUACAGAUGAUCAGGCUGGGUAUACAUGCACGUGUGUUGCUGGGUACACUGGACAGGUGUGUGAAGCUGAGGUCAACUCAUGUGUACUCACCUGUAUCAACGGAGGAACGUGUAACAACACCUUCCAAGAUGAAAGAUGUGAUUGUCUACCUGGAUGGACAGGUGACAAAUGUGAGGUCAAUGUAAAGGAGUGUUUGGACCCCCUGAACUGUCGGAAUGGUGCCACCUGUGUGGAUCUGCCUGGUAGUUUCCUGUGUAUAUGUGGCGACUUCUGGGAAGGGACUCGCUGUGAGAUUGACGUGAAGGAGUGUAAUGUGACUACGUGUCAGAACAAUGGAACAUGUCAGGAGACUGUCGGGGGUCCACCAGUGUGUAGUUGUCCUCCAGGGAACACUGGAAUGCUGUGUGAGACUGUUUUGGAUGCUUGUAAUCCUUCCCCAUGUCAACAAGGGUCUACCUGUAGUAAUCUGGCAGGUAACUUUACCUGUACCUGUACACCUGGAUAUACAGGUCAAUUGUGUGACCUUGACAUUGAUGAGUGCAAAGACCAACCGUGUGACAACAAUGCUACUUGCCAUGACCUUGUCAAUGCCUUCAUGUGUACCUGUAUCCCAGGGUUCACAGGGGUCACUUGCUCAGUAAACAAAGAUGAUUGUGACCCUGACCCCUGUCUCCAUGGCAGCACCUGUGUUGAUGGGGUCAAUAGGUACACAUGUACUUGCCUUCCAGGAUAUACAGGUGCCAGAUGUGGUGUGGAGAUUAAUGAGUGUGGCCUUGACCCUUGUAUGAACAACGCGACCUGUGUGGAUGGGAACAACUCCUACACCUGUCAGUGCCCAUCUGGAUUUACAGGGCUUACAUGCGAAAUAGAUGUUGAUGACUGUAUUGGAAAACCUUGCUAUGGCAACGCCACCUGUCAGGACCAAGUAAACGACUACACCUGCCUUUGUCCACCAGGGUUUACAGGUAGAACAUGCAGAGAAGAUAUAAACGAGUGUUCUCUGUCACCCUGCCAACAUGGCGGUACCUGUACAGAGCCAGCAGUUAACCUGUACCAGUGUCAGUGUCCUACAGGUGUGUCCGGGGACAACUGUCAGUUUGUUCAUUUUGCCACAUUUGACAGUCAAAGCUAUGUCCAGUUACCUCCACUACCUUCCCUGGUCAGCACUGGACAGAGAAUGAGGCGGUCACUCGAUGUUGUGACAAUACUCUUGUCCUUCACCACAUCAGUAUCAACAGGAGUUCUCCUGUUUACCUCAGGGAUAAAUAGCGAUGGCAGCCAUCAGCAUAUGAGCUUGGAGAUGUCACAGGGGACUGUGAUAGUAACAUUAAACAUCGGUGAUGAGAUAAAGACUGGACAGAUCCCGCUUACCUCCCUUGACCUCGGUGUGUACAACCACACACUCCAGGUGACGCUGUCAUCUCCGAUUACCAACAUCACACUUGACCCUAGUAGUUGUGAUGACACCAGAACAUGCCAGCUUUCACUGAAGGUUACAGAGUUGGACACAAGAUGGCUGCUGGAAAACUUCCUGUAUGUGGGGGGUCUACCAUCCUUGACACCGUACCAGCGCAGCAAGCUUACCGUUCCACAGGGAUAUGUGGGUUGUUUAGGGGAAUUGAUCAUCAGUGGAAACAGAAUUAACUUAGUGUCAUCCAAUUUGUCGUCUGCUCUUCCAUUUGCUGGUUGUGCACCACAUGACUCCUGUUCACCUGAAUACUGUCAAAAUGGCGGCAUAUGUCAUGAUGCCUGGAGCCGGCGGUAUUGUGAGUGCCCUGUUGGAUAUGACCACAGCCUCUGCCAGCACCAGAAUGAGGCUCACUUCGUUCCGGCAUCUAUGUUGCAUUUUGCUGGAAUCCAGGAGAUUACACAGAUGUCCCUUUGGGUGUCUGCCACGAGUCCUUCUGGCAUCAUAGCCUACACACUGGGGUUUGAAUCCAUGGCCUUGAUACUGGACAAAGGACAGCUGAGGUUGCAGAUCCUUGCCUCAAAUUCAGAGUAUUUGAGUCAGGUUGGUGAGAACCUUGACCAUGGCAACUGGUUCUACAUCAACAUGAGAUUAGGGGCAGGACAGUACAGACUUCAGGUUUCCAGUAAAAGCAAUGGAGUUGUCGGAACAUCCAGUGGAACUGUCGGUAAUUUCCUGACUAUUCAAAUGCCUGUGUUUUAUGGUCGACUGCAUGACCAUCCGGGUGUGAACAAGUGGCGGGUUAGGGAGACACCACUUCCUACCUACGACAGUUUUAAAGGUUGCAUCAAGGAUUUGAUCAUCAACAAUCGGCCAGUUGACUUUCAGACAAGUCAGGCCUCCAUAUUUGGUAACGACCCACCUAUGGCUACGCCUGGCUGUCCCAGGGAGGAAGUAUGUCGACCGUCCCCCUGUCAGAACAAUGGUGCCUGUGUGGGAGGGUGGGACGGCCAUUCCUGUACCUGUCCAGCCAACUACGAAGGAUAUAACUGUACAGAAGUUGCCUCAGCGUCCUUCAACGGGCUGAACAGCUAUGCUCACCUCCAGCUUGACAGGCAGAAGUUACCAUUUGGGGAUGAGGGAACAUUGGACUUUAAGACCAGACAGCACACGUCAACCAUGAUGUAUGUCCAGUUUCUGUCCAGUAGCGGUCAGAUCCUGGGCAGUCUCGAGUUCCGACUGUACCGACAGGCUUUACAAGUUGUGGCUGGAUUUAAUGGUCAAGAAAAUGUUUUAGAAUUUCCUGUAAUCAUCUCCGAUGCCACCUUUCACCAUGUUCAGUGGAGGAGACGAGGGUCAGACAUUAUCGUGGCGUUGGAUGGGAUGUCACAGGUCCUCAACACGACCUUUAACCCCUUCAGAGCUGAUAUUACUCCUACCAUAGAAGUGUAUAUAGGUGCUAAACCAUUUAAACAAGGGUCUAUUUAUUUGAUUGGCUAUUUCCUUGGGUGUCUACGAGACAUCAACUUCAACGGAAAAUCCCUGGACUAUAUUGACGGCAGUGAUCCAAGUACUGGUCUUUCUGUCAUGGGAAUAUAUAAAGUGGAGUUAGGUUGCCAUGGAAAUGAUGUGUGUAACCCUGACCCUUGUCCAAUAAAUGCAGCUUGUACAGAUAUCUGGAAUUCCUACGAGUGUCCCUGUUUGCCGGGAUGGUAUGACUUAGAUUGUACCAAGAGUGUCGACGAUUGUGUCAACAACCUGUGUGAAAAUGGAGCUUCCUGCAAAGACGGUCAAAUGACGUACAAGUGCCAGUGUGAGAAAGGCUACACAGGACAAUACUGUGAGUCGGUGGAGAUGAUGUGCCAGGAGAAGUACUGUGUUGGGGGUAACACUGUCAACUGUACAGAAAUAUUCCCGUCAGACUAUUCCUGUCUGUGUCUCCCAGGAUGGUCAGGCAAAAACUGUUCCCAUGACAUUGACGAGUGUGCCAAUCAUCCGUGUCAAAACCGGGCUUCCUGUCUGGACCUCAUCAAUGGCUACAAAUGUGAGUGUCCCACAGAGUACUUUGGUGAGAUGUGCGAGUAUAAGUACAUCUGUGCUUCCGACCCCUGCUUCAAUGGGGGUAAAUGUCUUCCUCAUCCUGACAACAGGGAUUUUAACUGUUCCUGUGUACAGCGGUACACGGGCAAGCAAUGUCAAAACUUCAACUUCUGCUUUAAUCAUGACUGUCAAAAUAAUGCUUCUUGUGUUUCCAGGGCAACUGCAUAUGAAUGUCGCUGCAUGUUGGGAUAUUACGGUGCUUUUUGUCAGUUUACAGACUUCUGUGUGGAUGAGCCAUGUCAGAAUGGAGGGGAGUGUAUUAAUGACAAAACCUCUCACCUGUGCAGGUGUACUAAGCAUUACACAGGUGUAAACUGUGAGCUUCCCAUCGAUAAGUGUGAGGUCAAUCGGUGUCAAAAUGGUGGCUCCUGCUUCUAUAACUCAACUCUUCCAGAAACAGAUUAUCUUUGUGUGUGUCUGGAAGGGUUUACUGGUUCUCACUGUGAAACUGACAUAGAUGAGUGUCAGUCAAAUCCGUGUUUAAAUGGUGCUACCUGUGUUGAGAGUACCCAAUCUCCUUUUAAUUUUUUCCCGGGCUUCCAUUGCAACUGUCAGCAAGGUUUCUAUGGUGAACAGUGUCAGAAUGAGACUGACGAGUGUUCCAGCAUGCCGUGUGUAAACAACGGCUCAUGUGUUGAUUUGGUGGAUGGGUACAGGUGUAAUUGUACAGCAGGAUUUGACGGCCAGCAUUGUGAACUAGACAGAAGGGGCUGUACAUCGACCCCAUGUCAAAAUGGUGCCCAGUGUCGGGAGGCCGAUCUCAAUGGUGACUACAAGUGUGAAUGUGUAACAGGGUACACAGGAGUUUACUGUGAGGAAAACAUAGAUGAAUGUGUAAACAACAGCUGUCAGUACGGAGCCGCCUGCAUUGAUCGUGUCGGGGGAUACAAAUGUCAAUGUCGCCCUGGCUACAGUGGCACAUACUGCAAAAACAUUGUGGAUUCUUGCUUCAGCAGCCCCUGUGCCAAUGAUGGACACUGUCAUUACCGGGGUCUGUGUGACUGUACAGACGUCGUGGAUUACUGUGGUUGGCACAACGAAACCUGUCAGCGCCUCCUUUGUGACAACCGUGUGGAGUGUACCACAUAUGCCACCUCUUUCACAUGUGUAUGUGACGGGACAGGUUUCCGUGGUGACACAUGCCUUGAGGACAUUGAUGAGUGCGAGGGCCUGUCCGCAUGUGAACAUGGUGGGCUUUGUGACAACACUGUUGGUAAUUACACAUGUAACUGUGUUGACACCGGGUUCACAGGUCACCGUUGUAAACAGGAUGUGGAUGAAUGUUAUGGCGUGGAUCCGUGUUUUAAUGGAGGUCGUUGUCUGAACUUCAUCAGUUCAUUCCGCUGUAACUGCCCAGCUGGCUGGACAGGACAAACUUGUGGUCAGAACAUUGAUGACUGUGUCAGUCAGCCUUGUAAAAAUGGUGGCUUGUGUGAGGACCGUAUCAAUAGCUAUGUCUGUGACUGUACAAAUUCUGGUUUCCAAGGCAACACUUGUGAGUAUCCAAUCAAUGAUUGUCUUGGUAGCCCUUGUCAAAACAAUGGCCACUGUUUGGAUGAGAUAAAUGGAUAUAAAUGCGACUGCAGUGGUACUGGUUACCAUGGUGACCGUUGUGAGUUUAUGACAGAUGAGUGUGCUUCGGUGCCCUGUAGAAAUAACGGAACAUGUGUGGAUGGGCGAGAAUCAUUCACGUGUGACUGUUCAGGAACAGGUUACAGUGGCGCCCUCUGUGAUAUUGACAUCAACGAGUGCGAGGCUAGCCACCGAUGCAUGGGUAGUUCAACAUGUGCCAACAACGAAGGAGGAUAUAUGUGUAUCUGCGCAAACACACACACAGGUUCCUACUGCGAGACCCAUCUGUCCUUGACCGCUUCGGAGGAGGGCAGUGGAGGAGUCAUUGCUGCCUCUGUCAUCAUUAUCAUUGUUCUCGUCGCACUGGUUCUUGGAUAUCUUGCAUGGUACAUGAAGAAAAGCAGGAAAAUGCAUGGGCGAUACCGGCCUUCAGAGGAGGAAAAUUCUGUCAGCUCUUCCAUACCACUGGAGAAAAUAUUGGAUGUCACCACAGGAGAGCGACUUAUCUAAGGGGAGAUAAUAUCUCUCUUACUAUAUGGGGAAAACUCUUUGUAUGAAGUACACAGUCAUGAGUCUGGGAAAUGAUUUGAAAUGAAAAUUGAACUUGCCUCAGGAUUAUAUCACAGCCAUAUCGGCAUACAUCGGAUGUAGCUGUGGAGAGUUGAUCAGGGCAAAUAAUUCAAUGUCUUCAUCAAUUUACAGCUUACUUUGAUCAAAGGAUAUUCUGAAACUUAACAAAAUUGUUAUCAAAUUGAUUAUCUGUUAUUUCCUUUUUAAUAAAAAGCAUCAACCAAAGAUACUAAACUGUAUAACAUAAUUAAUUGAUACUGAUGUAUACAUAAUUAUUGUGUACAUGUUUUGAGAUGAAGAAUGUGUGGCUAGAAUAUAUUAUAUUUGAAUAGGUUGUGAAUUUUUCUUCGUUUUUUUUCAUUUCUGCUGAAACUGAACAGCUUUGAUACAAUUUGAUAGAGAGUUGUAUAAAGGCAUAACAUUUAUUGUGUCCUCAAUUUUGAAGAAGAAAUUGAGAAACUUGUGCAGGAAUAUUAUGCCUGUCAGAGAAUAUGAAUGAAAAAUUUGAUUUGUAAUUGAACAGUCCACUUAUUUCCAUUAGCUAGGUAUUUAUCAAAAUUAUUGGUUUCUGGGAUAUUUUGCCCGAUACAUGUACUGUUAAAUAAUUAUUUGUUUUGUACUUUUUUAUUUCUUGUUUGUGCAAUAUUUACCUGAUAGUCAAUACGCAAUAUUUUUUCAUGCAUGCUUUGAGAUUAAAAAUAUUCAGCUUAGUUAGAUAAACUAAUUUCAUAUGUUUAUUAGUGACCGAAAUGUUUACCCAAUCAAUAAGUACCUUCCAAUCAAUUCUACUCCAUUAAAUACAAAAUUAUUCUUCAACUUGAUAACAUAUUUCAUUUCCCACAAGCUUUUUGAUAGAUUUUUAGUUUUAGUCAGAAGAGUGUAACAAAGUUGUAAAUUAAUUUGUGUUUAAAAAACAAUGGACAAACUUGUUAAUAAUAAUAAUAAUAGAGCAAAACUGGUUUAUCUUAAUUUGGAUAUUAUUUGAAGUUGUUGAGUUAACAUAUUCUAUCCAAUUGACAACAACUAAGCCAAUUAUAUCAACAGCAUUACCAAAAUAAUGGGAGUUACUAACAGGAAAACUGAAGUAGCUGGGGCUGUAUUAUUGAAUCUCUGCACAUAUCUCCUGUGUUGUAUUUGUAUUUUUUUCAUUUCGAUGUCACUUAUACUCAACUAAUACAAUUGGAGUUGGCAAUUUCCGACAUUUGAAGUAACCUGCUGAUGUCAUAUUUGAUCACUAAGUUUUAACAGCUGUGAUAUCCAUUCUUUGUUGAAAUUGCUCCUAUAUCAAAAAGUAAUGUGCUAUUAAGAAAAUUAUGAUUCAAGAAGUAAGUUUAUGAAUUACAUCAUAAAGAGAAUUUAAUUGAUUUUAUAGUUUAUGAAGAGACUAAAACCAGUAGGCCUAUCUUUUGCAUAAACCGCUUUUGGAUUAUUUGCAUAGUGCAUAGCAUUGCGUCAGUCUGUCCCCCAUCAACUUUAAAAUAAUAACUCAUUCCUUAAAAAUGAUAAAAUUCCAUUAAAUCAAUCAUUUUAAUGUAACAGUUUGCAAAAAAAAAUGAUGAAAAUGCAUGAGAUUUAGCUACAGUCACUCGAGCUAAAUCUCAUGCAAUUUCAUCAUUACGCUCCGAGUGUUUUUACAACAUCUUGCCAUAUGUAAGUAUUUCUGUUUAUAUAAAUUCUAAGUCAUUGGUCCCAAAUUUAUUUUCAUCCCUCCAGUACAUAAGAGCAUCUGAGAUUUGUUGAGACACAAAAAAUGUACAUAUAAAUGGAAGAUUUAAUACUGUGGUGUAUGGUUAAACAAUCUGAUAACAGAAAUAAACGAAGAAAUCAUGUUUUACUAAAAAGCAUACCAGAAACUUAGUCCUCCCUUUAUAUAUGACAAGUGUUGAAAAAGAAUUUAGAAAACUAUAAUUGACAAAUUACCAAUAAAUCAUCUAAUGUCGAUCUUCACUCUGAGACAGUGCUCAUUAUAUACCAUAGAGUCAGUUUUCAUUUGGUGACAAUUGCAAAAAAUAAUAAUUGAAAAGCCUUUUUUCGUUAAUCUAAUAUUUUAUGAAUUGAUACAAUUUCAUGUUUUAUAGUACAUUGAAUCUCUGAUGCCCUUAUACCCAUUGGAAAUUGUGAUAUUUUCUAUGAAUGAUAUAUAAGUGCAACAUUUCUACAUAUUGAUUUGUAUAUGAAAAGCAUAUGUUUUUUUACCAUUUCGUAUUUUUAAUCAUAAAUAGAUUUUUGUUUUGACAUACUGUUGAGUUUCCCAUACAAUGUGUUACCGUAUGUUAGAUACUGCCCCUAUUAAUCCUUUAUAUACACAUGUCUCAUACAGAGAUGACAUCUGCUGGUUUGUAUAGAUGUACAAAACUUGUAAUAUUUUUAUAUCAAAAUGGUUCAUCAAUGGCUUAUCAUUGCUAUUGAUUGUAUAUAAAACCUGUAUUCAAAAAUACCAAAUUUUAUUUAAGAAGUAUCAAAAGAAUUUAAAAAUGUAUACUAACUAUGAUUUAGUUUUUCUAUCAAUAAUAUUGAAUACAUGUACCGACGAAAACAAUGCAGGAAUUAGCAUUCUUAUAAUUGUCCCUACAUCUCUGACGAAUUUUCAUUAAUUACCUGUGAUCUGUUAUGGUACAGUAUAUAUAAUUGCUCAAAAUGAACAUCUAGUCUAGCUAUAAGGAAUUACCUGCCCAUAUUAACCGUUUCUGUCAAUAAAUACCUGUCCGUGAAGACCAACUCCUUAUAUAAAUACCUGUCCGUGAAGACCAACUCCUUAUAUAAAUACCUGUCUGUGAAGACCAACUCCUUAUAUAAAUACCUGUCUGUGAAGACCAACUCCUUAU